UUGAUCGACGAUGUUAUUACUGCGGGGACUGCCAUUAGUGAGAGCGUACAGUUGCUGGGGCAAUUUCCUGAAUGCAAAUUGGUGGGAGUAAUAGUAGCGUUGGAUCGGCAGGAGAAGGCAACUGCUGAGGCGAGCCAAAGCGCCGUACAG